AUGCCGCCGCCAAUACCACGAGCCCUCCUCCGGGCGCCAAUUCCCACGACGAACCUCUGCCUAAAGUCAAUCGCCCUCCGCGCAUCAUUACGCCAAACACCACCACCUCCAUCAGCACCCUCCUCCCGCCGCCACUUCCACACAACCCCCCGCCGCGCCGACGUCCAACCGGGCCCCGACUUCCACUCGAUAGUCGACAACCCCCCCGACCUCGUCCGCACCGGCCGGCGCCACGGGCCGGGCCUCAUCAUCCUCGCCCUCAUCCCCGUGACGGCCUUCGUCCUCGGCACAUGGCAGGUCCAGCGCCUGGACUGGAAGACGAAGCUGAUCGCAAAGUACGAGGACCGCCUCGUCCGCGACCCGCUGCCCCUCCCGCCGCGCAUCGACCCGGACGCCGUCAGCGAGUUCGACUACCGCCGCGUCUACGCCACCGGCCGCUUCCGCCACGACAAGGAGAUGCUCAUCGGCCCGCGCAUGUGGGAGGGCGAGCAGGGCUACAUGGUCGUCACGCCGCUCGAGCGCGAGGGCGACGGCACGACGGUGCUGGUGAACCGCGGGUGGAUCAGCAAGGCCAUGGCGGAGCAGGGCAAGCGGCCGUACGGGCUGCCGCAGGGGGAGGUCACCGUCGAGGGCCUGCUGCGGGAGCCGUGGAAGAAGAACAUGUUCACGCCCGAGAACAGGCCGGAUAGGUGGGAGUUUUUCUUUCCCGACGUUCACCAGAUGGCGGAGCUUACGGGCAGCCAACCGGUAUGGAUUGAGGCUACUAUGGAGCACGAGUUCUUCCGUAUCGUCGACCUCAAGUCUAGGGGCAUUCCCAUCGGCAGAGCCGCAGAAGUGAACCUGCGGAACAACCACGCCCAGUACAUAUUUACAUGGUAUGGUCUCGCCUUUGCGACGUCCAUCAUGUUGUGGAUGGUCGUCAAGAAGCCUGCGUCCGACAUCUCUCGCCGGGUUCGCAUGAACAAGCACUGGUAA